UCCUGUACCAUAGGGGGCGCUCUUUAGGUGCAUGGAUGGUGUAACAAAUAGGGAAGGGUGGCUUUCCUCCUUUCGGUAUUAUGAAUGGAUGUCUGUUCUUUAAUUUUACCCCUGAACUAGUUAUUAUCAAACAUUAUCAAUAAGGUGCUGAUAAAGAGCUGAACUAAGCUCGCGUUAAUUAUUCAAGAUGUCUGCGAGUGCAGUGUAUGUCUUGGAUUUAAAAGGAAAGGUCCUGGUAUGCCGAAAUUACCGGGGAGAUGUGGACAUGUCAGAGAUUGAGCACUUCAUGACACUUCUGAUGGACAAAGAGGAGGAGGGGACCCUCUCUCCGAUUCUGGCCCAUGGAGGAGUUCGUUUCAUGUGGAUCAAGCACAAUAACCUCUACUUGGUUGCAACAUCCAAGAAAAAUGCCAGUGUCUCACUGGUCUUCUCCUUCUUGUACAAAAUCGUCCAGGUUUUUUCAGAGUACUUCAAAGAGCUGGAGGAAGAGAGUAUUAGAGAUAACUUUGUUAUCAUAUAUGAACUGAUGGAUGAGUUGAUGGAUUUUGGCUACCCUCAAACUACUGACAGCAAGAUUCUGCAAGAAUACAUAACCCAGGAGGGGCACAAGCUAGACACUGGCGCCCCGCGACCCCCCGCCACCGUCACCAAUGCCGUCUCCUGGAGGUCAGAGGGCAUCAAGUACAGGAAGAAUGAGGUCUUCCUGGACGUCAUUGAGUCAGUCAACCUCCUGGUUAGUGCCAAUGGUAAUGUGCUACGUAGUGAGAUCGUUGGCUCCAUUAAGAUGCGUGUAUUCCUGUCUGGGAUGCCUGAGUUGCGUUUGGGCCUUAACGACAAGGUUCUGUUUGAAAACACUGGACGCGGGAAGAGUAAAUCGGUAGAGCUGGAGGACGUCAAGUUUCACCAGUGUGUUCGUCUGUCUCGCUUUGAGAACGACCGCACCAUCUCAUUCAUUCCUCCCGACGGAGAGUUUGAACUCAUGUCCUACCGCCUCAACACUCAUGUGAAGCCCUUGAUAUGGAUUGAAUCUGUUAUUGAGAAGCAUUCCCACAGUCGGAUCGAGUACAUGAUCAAGGCAAAGAGUCAGUUCAAAAGGCGUUCCACUGCCAACAACGUGGAGAUCCACAUUCCUGUGCCAACGGAUGCUGACUCACCCAAAUUCAAGACCACAGUGGGCAGCGUUAAGUGGGUCCCUGAGAACAGCGAGAUCGUCUGGUCAAUCAAGUCCUUCCCUGGUGGAAAGGAGUAUUUGAUGCGAGCCCAUUUUGGUCUGCCGAGUGUAGAGGCUGAAGACAAGGAGGGGAAGCCUCCAAUCAGUGUCAAGUUUGAGAUCCCGUACUUCACCACCUCAGGCAUCCAGGUACGUUACCUGAAGAUCAUUGAGAAGAGUGGAUAUCAGGCCCUGCCGUGGGUGCGCUACAUCACCCAAAAUGGAGAUUACCAGCUCCGCACCCAGUAGGCAGCUCCUCAGCUGGCAGUAGGCAGGUGGGGAAUCAGAGGAGGAGGGGGCGGAGUCCAGCCACUAGUGUGCUGUCAAUGGCAGGUGUCAGUCACAAGACCAGAGGACUGUCAGGAUCUCUCUUUUUUUUUUUCUUUUUUUUUUUUUUUUUUUAUAUUUGUUGAAGGUAUAUUAUUAAUUUCUGAUCAAUGCAUAUGUUAGCUGGAGCCUUAGGUAAGACGAUUGUUAAUGAAAGAAAGUAAUUAUGUUUUACUACUGUGUGGCUCCCAUGUGAACGAAUGCCAAGGAAAGCAGGAGUAAUGUUUACAUCCAACUCAUAACGUGCAGAAAUGUACACAAUCUAUUACGAUGGGUCAAGUAGUUUAUGUUACGAGUAUGUUACAAACUUAAAGUUACUGUUAUCACCUCCCCCACAGGUUAAAAACACACUCUGAGUGUGAAUCUGAGUAUGACAUUCUCCAUGAAGCUGCUUUGUUCUGCCACAAUUCCUGUUUGUUGAUUAUCUGUAUAUAUUUGUUACAUGUUAAUGAACUUCAGUGUUAUUUGUUUGAUAACUGUAAAUUAAAAACUUCUCCAUUUUCUUUGUAUUAUCACCUCCAUGUGAUGCCAUUGAUUCGUGCCAGAGUGAUGCCUUCCUGCAUGGCUGUUGUGCUUUUUACUCGUCAGUUAGACUCCUUUGAAGUUCAGCUUUGCAGAAAAUAAUGAAGUGCGGAUAGUUUAGGCUGCACGGUAAAUAGAACACCAGUUAAAAGUCCCUCUUUUCCGCCGCGACACCCGGUUCCCCCACCCCUCCACCCCGUCUGUAACCACAUUAUUUUAAAUCAUUAAACGUCUAUUUAGAGAAAACUGUU